GGCAUUGAAUGGCCCCUGUAUCAUGUAUACAUAGUUACUCUGCUCUCGGAAGAAAGCCAUUAUCGUGCGCCGGCGCCACCCCCUUUCGCCGCCGCGGCACACGAUCUGGUAUCAGCCGUGACCAAUGGCCUGCAUCGAGGCAGACGAGGCAUCGGGGGUUCCAACUCAAAAUCGAGAUCUGGUUGGCCACGUGGAUCUAGCCCCUUGUGGUUUCAUCUGGGAUAUCCUGAUUCCUGAUCCCUGAUAUUAUUUACUGUCACUGAAUCCUGAUCCUGCGCCCACACCCCCCGCAUUCCCUGCUCUCUCUCUUUCUUCCCUUCUCCUCCUGAUUUUGAUCGCAAACUGACCUCAAUUCGACCAUCUCCCACCACGCAAUCAUGCCGGCGCCGGCGGAGGAAGCAAUUCGCGCGGUCUCCGCGAUGGCCACACAACUCGGCAACCAGAUCUCCGUGCACAUGCUCAACUACAUCAGCACGACAAAAGAUCUCCCAAGCGGCUUCCGCGAGCUGUCCCACACCUUCCUCGACACCUGCCGGACCCUCUGGGCGAUCGAAGCAGGCGUCACCGAGCUCGCGUCCGCGAACCGCGCCCUCCCCGAGGUGAUCAUCACCGAAGUCGAGAAGAAAUUCGUCGCCGCAUACGCCGACUUUCAACACCUCGAGAAACUCAUCCUGAAACUCGUCCAGUACGAACACCGUGGGACAUGGGGCAAACUACAGCGCGGGCUACAUCGCCCGAACCAGGAACUGCAUCGCAUCCACGACAGCCUUAAGAAGACGAAUGAAACCUUGCAAAUAUCCGGGAUGGCGUUCCACUGGUCGCUCGGCGAGGCGCGUCCCGAGGAGUCUGUCGGGAUCGGAUACGCGAGUCUCGCUGCUGCCCUAGAUCGCAUUGCAAAGGGCCGCUCGGCGAUGGCGAUCGACAAGGUGAACCCCAUUGAGCUGGAUCGCUCAGCGCGGUCGCAGUCGCCCUCGCACAUGCAGUCAUCCAACUCACUGCGUUCGUCGAAUUCGUCGCCGUCUGUUCCACCCAAGGACUCGGUUGGUUCGCCGAACCGAGCCCGGUAUGCGCCGGUCGAGGAGCGCGAGAGUCUGUCGCAGGAGGAUCCACAAAGUCUUGCGGACGACAUGUCUUCCAUCUUGUCGCUGAACACGUUCCUGGUCUCCGGUCGCGAGGGUGAAAAGUUUGGAUCGAUUGAUCAUCGCUCCGCGCCGCCUCGAACAACGAGCAGACCCGUUGUGACCACGAGCUCCGUUUCGGACGUCUACACGCGACAGAAUGGCGAUUCCAGUCCCCUUCGGUCGUCGCCCAGCCAGUCCGGUCGGCCGAUGGCGGACUCGUUGCCUCGAGCGCAGGUUGACGGGCACAUUCCGCGCAACAGUCUCACCUUUGCCAUUCGAGGACGCAAUUACGCGCGGCUGGAGCAGCUGCUGAACAGUGGAGUGUCGCCAGAUACGCAGGAUGAUAUUCAUCCUCUGGUGGAAGCCGUGAGUCAACGAGACAUGGAGAGUAUGCGUCUCCUGCUCUUCUACAAGGCGGACCCCGACCUCCCCAAUGCGCAGGGCAAGACGCCCCUUCUCCUCGCUGUCGAGCAGUCAUAUAUGGAAGAAGCAGUCCUGCUGUUGAAAUUCGGGGCCGACGCCAACUAUCGCUCAAACACAGAACACGACUCGCCUCUGCAAUGCGCCGUCGCGAAUAAAAACACCGACAUGACACAGACUCUCCUCGCUCACGGGGCCAACCCGAACCAAGAAACACGCAGCGAAACAACCCUCCUCAUCCAGGCCAUCCGUGACCGAGCACCAGCGCCGUUGAUAGCCCUCCUUCUAGAAGGAGGCUGCGACGCAAACCGCAAAGACAAUUUCGGGAAAACGGCCCUCUGCGAAGCAGUCCAGAGCAACCAGCCCACCCUGGUAACAACCCUCCUCGAUCACGCCGCAAACCCCAACCUGCCGGGCCCCGAACACGCCCUCUGGUCCGCCGUCUACCGCCCCGACUGCCUCCGCAUCCUCCUCGCGCGCGGCGCAGACAUCCACAAGGCGCCCGGCCUCAUGGAACAAGCGACGAGCGUAAACAGCAUCGACGCCGUCCGGGUCCUUCUCGACGCGGGCGUCGACCCGAAUCUGAAAAAGGACGGAAUCUACACGCCCCUUUGCUCGGCCAUCCGUGACGAUAGACCGGAUAUAAUCGCCCUCCUCCUCUCGCACCCGACACACAAGGCUGAUCCAAACCUCAUGGCCUCGGAAUACCCGGCGUGGAAAUGCAUCACGCAUAACCGGCUUCACUUCCUCCCGGAUCUUCUCGCCGCGGGCGUGGACCUGCACACGCCCCCCGGAAUAGCAGAGUGCGCGGUUGCACACAAUAACAUGAAGGCACUCACCUGGCUCGUCGAACACGGGCGCGUGAACCUGAACGACCGGAACAGCCUGGGCCACACGGCGCUGACGACAGCCAUCCGCGAGGAUAAACCCGACACGGUUAAAUGGCUCCUCGCGCACGGCGCAGACGCGAAUCUCCGCGGGCAGGAUUGGCCCAUCUAUAUGGCGACCAAGUCACCCGCCCUCCUCCGGUUGUUGUUACCAUCAAUAAAAUCACUUGCGGCGCACAAGGGCGUUGUUGAGAAAGCCGUACAUGCGAACCAGCUCGAGAGUAUAAAACUGCUCCUAGCAGCAGGCGCAAGUCCCGAGUGGAAGAACGGCGGCGUCUUCUCGCCGCUCACGACCGCGCUCCGAGAACGACACACGGAGAUUGUCUCGUACCUCCUCGAGUCGAAAUCCAACGGCGGGGCGAGCGCGGACCCCAAUGCCCCCGGUGAGCACUUGCCACUCGUAAAAGCCAUCCGGCGGUGUCCCGAAAACGGGGAUUUCUCGAUGAUCGAACUCCUGCUGGAGAAGGGGGCGGAUCCGAAUAAAUGCUAUCGCGAGUGGAACGCGAUUAUGCAGGCGAUUGAGAAUCGGGAUCUGCGGCUACUAAGGCUUCUUAUCGGAAAAGGAGGACCGGUGGAUUUCGAGGUAACGGAUGAUGCCGGGAGGAAUGUGCUUGAGAUGGCGGAGAUGGAGGGGUGGGCGGAGGGUGUACAGGUAUUGAAAGAGGGAGGGGGUAAGUAAGUAAGUAAGUAAGUAAGUAUGUACGAUGGUCGGUGUUGGGGGUCUGCAUGGCACUGAAGGUGUUUGUGAUGCAUCUACGCUGUUUGUUGUAUAUCCCGUCCUUUUGUUUUUGUCUCUUUUCGUUAUUUCCGCUUGUUUGUUCGUUUUUCUCACGCUACAACGCCAGAUAUCCCUUAAUGUUAGCAUAAAAAUCGGGCUGAUAUACAUGUACUCUAAUGAGAGCUUGCCAAUGUGCUUAUCCUUGCUUUAUAUUGUCUUGUCAUGCCUAAUGUCGGAGUUCUUCUUGGGUUGUCUUGAGCUACAUACACGAUCAUCAGCAAAAGAGCAUCAUCGGAUUUGAUUAUAUACCAGCUUCUCCUGAGCGACUAAAUGCCCUUUUGAACUCGGCAUAGACCAAGCUUGCAGGGUAUCGCUCGUCCGGGCCCGGGGGCCAGCUGCCGCAUACUCCGUACGGGACAUGGACGCCCAGGGGCUAGGGCUACCCAUAUGGGACCCGUCCGGAGCGAUAUUUGAAAUGAAUCUAAAUAAAC